AUGUAUGAUCUCUCCAGCGGUAAGAGCUUGCCAGAGUAUAUGGAAGAAGCUAAGAAAAAGAAGAUCAAGUUAAAACAGUUAGAUGAGUACAGAAAUAGAAUUGAGUUAAUUUAGGACUUUGAGUUUAAUACAUCUUGUCAACGAGUUAAGGUAUCAGAGGAUUAGCAUUAUGUUAUAGCUACUGGAAUAUAUGCACCUAUGGUUAAAAUAUUUGAUACUCAAGAACUAACCAUGAAAUGCGAAAGAGGGCUUGACUCUGAGGUCGUCCAAUUUUAGAUACUCUCUUCUGAUUAUUCAAAGCUGGCUUUUCUAUGUGCAGAUCGUACAAUUGAGCUACAUGCUUAAUAUGGUAGACAUUUCAAGAUAAGAAUUCCUAAGUUUGGUAGAGAUAUGAUAUACUAACCUCAUUCAUGUGAUUUAAUAUCUGUAGGUGCGACAAAUGAAAUAUACAGAUUGAAUUUAGACCUUGGCAGAUUCAACACCACAUUAAUAAGUGAAUCUCCUGAGAUUAAUUGUGUAGAUUAUAGUCCUGAUCUUAAUGUUAUUGCAACUGGAGGUAUUGAUGGAAAGGUUGAGUUUUGGAAUAUGGAUACCAGAAACAGAGUAUGUGCAUUGACACCAAGUAGUAUCAACUUAUAGGAUGAAGAGAUUACUGCUAUCAAAUUUGAAUAAGACUCCUUGAAUAUUGCUAUUGGUACUCAAAAAGGAAAAGUGCUUUUGUACGAUAUGAGAUAUCCAUUGCCAUUAUUGACAUUGAAUCAUCAUUAUAGAUAGCCUAUAAAUACUAUUGCAUUCCAUAAAGCUUCAAGAAAGAUUGUAUCAUCAGAUAAGAAGAUCAUAAAAAUCUAUGAGAAGGAUUCUGGUCGUUUGUUUACUAAUAUUGAACCUAAAACUGGUAUCAAUUCUUUUGAGCUUUGUGCAGAUACUGGUCUUAUUUUUGCACCUCAAGAAUAGAAAAAGAUUGGUACAUAUUUCAUCCCAAGUCUAGGUAACGCUCCCAAAUGGUGUGCUUUCCUUGAAAAUCUUACUGAAGAAAUGGAGGAGUCCAAGGAGACAUCUGUCUAUGAAGACUUUAAGUUCCUCACAAUGAAUGAACUCUAAUAGCUGAAUGCCACUCAUCUGGUAGGAACUCCAAUGUUAAGAGCUCAUAUGCAUGGUUACUUUAUUGAGAUGAGAGCUUAUUAGAAAUUACUUAGUGUAGCAGAUCCAUUCGCUUAUGACAGAUAUAGAAAAGAAUUGAUUAGUCAAAAAUUAAAUCAAUUGAGAGAAAAGAGAAUUCAAAUACCAAAUAAAAUGGCUUAAGUAAAUAAGGAAUAUGCUAAAGAAUUACAAGAGUAAAAAGAGAAAGGUAAGAAAGGCAGUGCUGUUGAUAAGCUGAUGGAGGAUUCAAGAUUCGGCAGAAUGUUUAAUGAUACUGAAUUUAAAAUUGAUAAAAAUUCAGAAGCCUAUAAAUUGAUCAAACCACAAGAGUCUAAGAAAGGAAAUAGAGAAGAGGAUAUGGACUCAAUAAAUGGAUAAGACUCAGAUGAUGAUGCUAAGACUGGAUCCAAAGGAUAAAACUUAAAUAAGCUAUUUAGUGGGGGAGUUGAUGAAAGUGAUGAUGGCAAGAAUAGUGAUGAUGAAGAUGAUUUCUAAUCUAAACUUAAUAAAAAAGAUAAAAAGAAGUAUAAAAAGCAAAAUAAAGAUAAAAUUCUUCUAGGAAAAGGAGCGAUAAGAAAUCUUAACACUCCAUAAACAAGUGAAAGCUCUAAAAAGAUAAAGAAGCAAUAGCAGUAUAAGGGCAAGCAUGUUAUCACUGAUGAAUAGGUAAGACAAAAGCUAAAGACCAGAAGAAUGGUUGUUUCAUCUUACAAGCUUAAAUGA